ACCUCACUGCUGUGGUAGUAUUGAUGGAAAACAUGUUGUUCGAGAGUGUCCAAAGUCUUAAUUAAAACUAUAAGGGAACUUUUAGUACAGUCUUACUAGCCGAAUCUGAUGCACAUUAUCGUUUUCUGAUGAUUGAUUAUGGGCAUUUUGGUAGCGAAUCAGAUGGUGGAAUUUUAAGUAAAAGCGUAUUUGGUCAGCAUCUGGUCAAUGGAAAGUUAACCUUUCCAAAAGCAGAUGCUUUGCCAAAUUCAAAUACACUGUUCCCUUAUUCUAUAAUUGGGGAUGAAGCCUUUCCUUUAAGGCAUAAUUUGUUGCGUCCCUAUUCCAGACAUUCUGAGUUUAGUCAUUCGGAAAAAAUAUACAAUUACAGAUUAAGCAGAGGCCGGCGUGUUGUGGAGAAUGCUUUUGGUAUUCUAGCAGCACGAUUUCGUAUUUUAAGGAGACCAUUAAAUUAUGAUGAUGAAUCAGUCAAAUGCAUGGUGCUUGCUAGUUGCGUUCUCCACAAUAUGCUUAUUCAGAAAUCUGCAGCAUAUUGCCCAAAUGGAUAUGUUGAUUGUGAAGAUUCUGAUUAUAAUCAGAAUGAAGGUAUAUGGAGAUCCGAAAAUAUAACUCUUGAAAAUCUUAAAAAAGUGGGCAGCAAUAUGUACAAUAAAGAGGCAAAAAGUCUCAGGAACAUUUAUAAAGAUUAUUUAUGUAAUGAGGGAGCUGUACCUUGGCAAGAAAAAUUAAUUCAAUUCCAACCUAAAGUAUAGUAUACUUUAUAUAGGUUGUAUUAGCUCAGAAUAAAUAUUACUCCUCUGAUCUAAUACAUUUUUAUUGAGUAAAUGGAAUGUUUUAAAUCAUGUUCUUUUGUGAAAAAAUAAAACUAAUAAAUCCUAGAUACUUUUGUUUGUCUUAAUCAUAUAUAUAGUUUUUAACUUCUUAAUGUAGACAACAAUUUCUAUUAUUACAGUCUGUUACAAAAGUAUAGGAACACCACUUAAAAGUCUCUUAAAAAAUAAUCUAUGAUAAUAAUAAUUAAAAUCAUCAUGAUUAGGGUGAGAUGUCAUCAUUUUUAACUGUCACGAUGGCUUUUUUGAAUGUUUUAUUGAAUGUUAUAUAAACAUUUUCAACAAUGGCACUGAAAAUGUUUUCCAACAAGGUAAAAAUUAUGGGCAAAAAAAGGAACUCAGGAUGGCCUAAACGUUUAACUUCCAGGAAUGAGAGAGAAGUUUUGAAGUUUAUAACUAAUAAAAACGUCAACAAGGCUAGUUGCUGCUAAAUUACCAUUAGAUAUAUCUCAUGUGACUGUUUGGAGAACUUUAAAAAACAAUGACAAUUUAAAAUAUUUAAAAAUGAAGUUGAAAACCACCUUUAACUGCCAAACACAAAUCAAUGCAUUUAAACUGGGCUAAAGUCAAGAUGGAAUGAACUGAUGAAUGGCAAGAAAUAAUGUUUAGUGAUGAGAAGAAGUUUAAUUUAGAUGACCCUGAUGGGUUUUUGUAUUAUUGGCAUGAUUUAAUAAGAGAAAGCAGAGUUAAAGUAAGCUGGCAAGAAAGGGCUGGGUCUGUAAUGAUUUGGGGUGGCUUUGGAGGUAAAUGGGAUGGAUGAUUUAGUAUUUGUUGACAAAAUAUGAUCACAUUUGGUGCAUUAAUUGGAGUCAUAAAUGGCAGUUUCAAUGAGAUAAUGCACCUGUUCAUGCCUCAAUGUCAACAAAAAAUUGGUUAAAAAAAAUAUUGAUGUAAUUGACUGGCCUUCAUUUAGUCCAGAUUUAA